AUAUCUGUAUAUUUUUUAACCGCAUUAUGAAGAAUGAAAGCGAUAUAUCAGCAGGAAUGGCUGCAAUACAAACGCUUUUAAAAGUUUUGGAACGCUCUGACUGAAGAGAAUGGUGUACGAAAAAUCUGAAUUUAUUUAGAUUUAGAUAAUGGAAAACCCAAUCGAAGUCUGAAAACCACGUAGCGGUAGUCGCACUCAGCAUCGUUUAAAGUUUGUGUGGGGUGCGUUUGGACCUCAGUCACGAGCUGUAGGGUUAACAAAGUGAAUGCAACUAACAAAGCCUAAGGCUGUAAAUUUAUGCUGCUUUGUAGCGGAAACAGUUCAGGAACUCCAUUUGUGUCUGCAAAAUGCAGUAGAUACAAUGCGAUCUACCGAUCAUCCUGUUACUGGUAUUGCUUCGGGUUGUGAGCUUUUCCUCCGUUUCAUUACAUUGGCCACAUUGGAUAAUUCUCCAUUUGCUGACUGUAAACGGAUUAUGAUUCAGCGGGGGAAGCUUUUCUACGAUAAGUUGUUUGCUGCACGUGGUAAAGUGGCUAAACUGGCUGCACAGUUUAUAAUAGAUGGCUCGAGGAUAUUGACACAUUCCAAAUCCAGAGUUGUUUUACAAACUAUGAAAGAAGCUGCAGCUAGUAAUAAAAGGUUCGAAGUUUAUGUCACGGAGUCUUUCCCAAACAAUAGCGGCAAGGAAAUGUGCAAAGACUUGACCCUCCUGGAUGUGCCAUGUACGUUAAUACUUGAUUCGGCAAUGGGUUACAUUAUGGAGCAAGUUGACAUGGUAAUGGUUGGAGCUGAGGGAGUUGCAGAGAGCGGUGGAAUAAUUAAUAAAGUGGGAACUUACACAAUGGCGAUGUGUGCUCGGGAGAUCAAGAAACCUUUUUAUGUCCUGACUGAAAGUUAUAAAUUUUCUCGAAUAUAUCCUCUAAAUCAAGUUGAUCUCCCCAACGAAUUUAAAUACACAGCAAGUACACUGAAAAAGGAUCUACACCGAGAACAUCCAUUAGUCGAUUACACUCCACCAUCUUAUAUAAAUCUUUUAUUUACUGAUCUUGGUAUACUGACUCCAUCUGCUGUUAGUGACGAACUUAUUAAACUUUAUUUAUAAAAUGAAAUAAUUUUGUCCUGCAAUCACAGGGAUUACUAUUUUUCACGUCACCAUUGAAAUAUACUCUAAAGGCUGCAAUACGAGAUACAUAUAAGACUCAAAUUCAUUUUAGAUGCAAAAUUUUUAUUAUGGGGUAUUCGAUUCGUGAGUUGCUUGAAUAUUAAGAAGGUUUACGAAAAUUCAUUCAAUUCUCUCCGUGAAUAAAGUCCUAGUCAGUGGAAAAAAGUUACGUUAUAUGAUUGCAGUUACAACCAGAUCUUUCUAUGUAUGUUUUGUACAGGUAGAAAUAAAUUCGAAUCAGUUGAAGCGUUGAAUUUUUUAAAUUAACGUACGGAUUGGUUAUGGAAUACUAAAUAAAUUAACAUCUUUGAAGAUAAAAGCAUGGUUUUCUUGUUAAAAUAUUGCUUUUUUAUUCCAUCAAUGUUAGACUUAUCAAACGAAUAAAAUUUAACAAUUAAAUGAACAUCAACUGACUAUAUUCUUGCCUGUAAUGGCUAUAUAUAUAAUAAAAACGAUAAUCUACGUACAUAUGUAUAUAGAAUCAUGUACAUUAUUUUGUUCAUUUGUAAUUCACAUACAUAUAUGAAUAAAACAAUAUACAUUAUUCCAUAACUUCUUCCUAGUUGACUGAUUCCAUAUUCAGAUUAGCAACUUUAAAGAAUAUACUCUAUAGAAACGAUUUUUAUAUUGCACAGCAAUAGACAUUAACUUAUAAGAAUGAUAGCGUCUGAUAUUUAAAAUACUUAUAACAUAUCAAUAAUCAUUUCUUCCAACAAUGGUAAAUUAUUAAUAUCAAUGAGAUGUAAAGUAACAUUAUUAAAUAAUACGAACGCGCUAGUCAGUUGUCAACCUUUCCAAUUAGCAAAUAGAAAUGAUUUCUACCUGCGCAGAGGUUCUCGAAGUAGUAUAGCCCUAUUGCAAAUAGAAUUACAUUUGAUAUUCAGUUUAUUCCUGUUUUAAUACAUAAUUUGGCGACAUGUCUUGACCACUAUUUAUUAUCAACAUUUAUAGCAACAACGGCUGAUGCUCAAAGUGCUUAUACAUUUUUAUUGGACUUGUUGUAAAAUAUUGAACGUCAUUUUCUUG